CGGGGCCGGAAGCGGAAGUCGCUUGGCCAAGGGCGUCCGAUGUAAACAAGUAAAAUGGCGGAGCUGGAUGUUUUGGGGGAGAGUGGAGGAUUGACCAGGUUGCCAGAGGAGGUACUGGAGCAGAUAUUCUGCUGCCCGUCGUUGAGCCAUAUGGAUGUGGUGAGCGCCUGCCUGGCCUGUAAGAAGCUGCAGGAGGUUUGUCAGGGCCGGAGUGCCGUAUGGAAACACCAGUUCAGGCGGAGAUGGCCCACACUGAUGAAAUACUACAGUACUACAGGAAGUCAUAACUGGUGGGAAGAAUACCGAACACGGCAUUCUAUUGGUAGACAAGUGCAAGCAAUGGUGGACACCUUUUCAAAGCGAUUCUUUUCAAAAGAGGUUCCUGUUGAUGGCUUUAAAGACGUUGAGGCUCUAGGUGGUCCAUUCUGUUUUAUUGAACAUGAAUUGUUGUCAAUUCUAAAUAUGGAUGGAAGGAAGUAUCUGACAUGGAAAUAUUAUUCUCGCAAAAUCCUGUGUUAUCUUCGUCAGAGGGACAUCAUGGAAAAGUUGAAGGAGUUUCUCUUAACUCUUCCAGAACACCAAAAAUUAAUAGAAGGUGUUGUGCUGAUAGACCAAUACUGCAACCCCUUAGCAGACAACUCCCUGGAGAAUAUCCUAUUACAGCUGAAUUACAUUACAGAUGAGGUGAAAAAAGCAUUGCGUUUAACACACUCUUAUCAUCCAAGUAUCACUGCAAGAAAAGAUGAUGUGUUUAUUGAUGAUCUAGAACUACAACAACAGGUUCUGGAUGCUAUGAACCAUGUAUUAUACAAGCAACUCAAAUUUAAAGGAAAUGAAGAAGAUUAUUACAACCCCAUGAAUUCCUAUAUACACCAGGUGCUUAGCCAAAAGAAAGGAAUUCCUAUCACACUCUGUGUGAUAUAUUCAACCAUAGGCAAGAAUCUGGGUGUUCGACUGGAGCCGGUCAGCUUUCCAAGUCACUUUCUCUUAAGAUGGUGCCAAAAGCCUGAAGGGAGUACUGAUAUUUUAGACUAUGUCUACAUUGAUGCCUUUGACAAUGGAAAACCACAUACUGCAAAGGAAUGUGAGCAUUUGAUUGGUCAGCAAGUUACAUCUAAGUUUUACAAUUCAGUUACCACAAAAGAUGUGUUGUUCCGCAUGGUUACAAACCUGUUUCAUUUGGGAAAGAGAGAGGGAAGUGACCAAUCUUACCAGUUACUACGCAAUGCUCUUGAUUUAUAUCUCACCUUGGCUCCUGAUGAUGUUCAAUACCUAAUGCUUCAGGCUAGACUUUACUUUCAUUUGGGAAUCAAUCCAGAAAAGGUGCUGGACGUUCUUCAGCACAUACAGGCUGUCGAUCCCUUGCAGCAUGGUGUGGUGGGACACUUAGUCCAGCUAACCUUGGAGCAGAUUGCACGCAAAAACCAAACAACUGAAAUUCAAGUAAAACGCCAUACAGAUGAAAAGCACAGAAAAAUACAGUUUUCAGUGGGGCUUAUUAUGAAGCACAAAAGGUAUGGUUACGACUGUGUGAUAUAUGGAUGGGAUCCCAAGUGUAUGAUGGGGUUGGAUUGGAUGCGAACAAUGGGAGUCCAUAAUCUACCACAUGGGCCUGACCAGCCGUUCUACAAUGUUCUUGUUCAGGAUGGCUCAUGCAGAUAUGCUGCACAAGAAAAUCUAAUUUGUAAUGCAUCACCACUGGAAAUAGGCCAUGAAGAAGUUGGUCGCUACUUUUUAGAAUUUUCUGGCACACACUACAUUGCGAAUGAAGAGCUGCAGAACCAGUAUCCAGAUGACAUGGCGCUGACAUCUCAACUUGUAGAGAAGAUUAGAAACUGCUAUUCCUGGAUAUCAGUCAACAAAAUACAGACGUGAACUUGAGAGUGGUGACGACGAUGAUGUAGAUUGCUUGGGAAGUCCAAGCUAUUGUGACAAUGUGAGCUUCUAAAUGGUGUAUUAGCAGAAAUUUGAGAUAUUAAAGUUUUGCUUAGUGGUGAAAAGGUGUCAUUUACAGA